AUGAAAAAUAGACUAGGCGGUCCAGUUCAUAUUCGUCUAUGUGUUAAAGUUUGUUCUCACUGCUGUGAACAUACUUUUGAAGACUUCUUAUCUGUCAUGAAAUAUAAUCUUAGUUCGGUCACACCUUUGUCAUUAGUCCCUUUGAGCAGUAAUAAUGUGGAACUAACGCCUUUGGUAGAUUAUGAAGCGUCCCAUAUGGAAAAAGCUUUAAAUCAAAUUCAUAGUACAUCAUGCAUCGAACUUGAAUCCGACGGCAAAUUUUUCAUCAUACUCUUGGAAGAGAUUUAUCAACUCAAUUGUCUUCAAAAACAGAAUCAAGACAAAUUUCUCACUAACCUACAAAAUUUACAAAAAUUAUUAAUCGAUGUAACGUCACCUUUUAAGAAAGAUUUAUAUACUUGGCGUAAAAUAUUUCUAAUUUAUAUUGAAGAUAAAAUUUUUGUUGGCAAUACUGAGGCUGACAGAAAAGAAAGAAAUUGGAAAUUUUCCCAAGAACAAUUAGCUUGUUUUAUCGAUAAAGUAAACAAAAACCACUUGGUUAAAAAGUUAAAAGAUCCAUCAUCCAAAACCGUUUUUGAAAAAUUCUUGAAGCUCAAUAAUAGUCUUGUCUUGAUGAAACAAUUUCAAUAUCUUAACCAAAUGGCAACGUCAAUAAUUCUUGAAAAGCAUGACAAGGAAACACAUCCAAAUUCGAUUUCAGACUUCCAACAUUUAGUGGAAAAGGAUUCGUUUCUUUCCGAGAAUACUUUUAAAUCUCUUUGUCAUGCAAUGGAACAAUUAACAACCAUUAUCCCUCAACUCGUCGACUACAACUGCCCUAUUUGCCUGAUGUACAAAAAACAAAAAGAAGACGAUCGAGAACGAAUUGCUGAAGAAAUGGAAGCUAUAACAGGUCUUAGAAUUGAUGAAGGACAAACAUUAACUCAUCAUAGUAAGUUACCACCAAUGUGCGAAAUUCAAUGUUCUCAAUUUAAGCGUAAAGUAAUUUCACCUGCAUUCUCUAUAAAAUACAUUACAUCAUUAGAAAAAUUGAUGCUAUCUUGUGUUAAAGAUUUGGUUUAUAAUAUUGAUGAAAUGUUGAAAAGUAAAGGUCCUGUUUUGAAUAUUGUUAAUCUUAUUCAGACUUGUGCAGUGGAUAUAAUCGGAGAAACAUCUUUUGGCGGAAAGUUUAACAAUAUCAAAACAGGCGAACAUCCUUUGCCAAAAAAAGUUUGGGUUGAAUUAAAGAGAAGGGUUUUGAUAUCAAUAUUUCCAUUAUUAAAACCUUGGUUAACAGAAGAUCCAUAUUUAAGAAAUUUUAGUAAUAAUAUAAUCACAUCUCGUCGGAAAGCAAAUAAACAAAAAAAUGAUAUUUUACAAAUUUUGUUAAAUACCUUUGAUGACGAUUAUGAAACAAAAAAAACUAAAAAUAAGAAAGAGAAGCAAAUUGGAACUGAAAAUAGAAUGACAGAUCAUGAGGUCUAUGAUCAGAUCUUGGAAUUUUUAGUUGCAGGAACUGAUUCAGUUUCAUUUACAACUACAAUGGCGAUUGUUCAACUCUCUAAAAAUCCACAAAAAUUAUUGUCUCUUGUUAAAGAGUUGGAUAAAGUCUUGAGUAUCGACGAACUGCCUACACAUGAUAAAUUGAAAGAAUUAAAGUAUUUGAAUGCCGUUAUUAAUGAAACUAUGAGAUUAUGGCCUGUUUUUUUGGACGGAGGUAUUGGAAGAACUCCAGAUAAAGAUUCAAUACUUGGCAAAUAUAUGAUUCCCAAAGAUGCAAGUUUUUUAAAUCUCAACACAUCUUUAAUUUUAAACUUUUACAAACUCCAUCAUGAUCCAAAAUAUUGGGGUGAAGACGUUGAAGAGUUUAUACCAGAAAGAUGGUUAGAGCCUGAGAAUAUUCCGCGUGAUGUUUAUUACCCAUUUUCUGCAGGACCAAGAAAUUGUAUUGGACAAAAGUAA